AUGGAGUUCGAUAUUAGAUAUGACCCUAAAACCAAGGGGGUUGUGUUGGCCGAGGAACCUCAGGAGGUAAUUCCUGCCCUCAACCUCGAGCUUGAACAGCUCAGCACGCUCACAACCGAGCUUAUUGGCAUAAACGACCCAUAUCCUCCAAAACCCACUGGAGAGUCCUUCAACAAGGAUUUGUCCAAAAUGAUCAAAAAGCUCUAUGAAGGCGGUGUCCAGAGCUUCAAGCAGGAGAAGUUUGUGGACCUGGCCAAGCAGUUCACCAUCGCCAUUGAGGUGAUCAACAGAAGAAACAAGUUUGAGGUGUUCCUGGCCACUUUGCAGGAGCUCAGUCUCCUCUUGAUGAGCAGAGCUGACGCUUACCUCAAGUGCAAGGAGUAUUUGAAGGCUUUCAACGACGCUGACAUGUUGAUAGGCAUGAUGAUGACGACUCCAGAGAACUUUUUGCGUAGAGGCGUGGCCAACUACUUCUUGGGCAACUACGAAGACGCCAGAGCAGACUACCAGCGUGGCCUUGCAUUUGACGAAGACAACGAGAGGCUCAUUACCGAGUUGGACAUCUGCUUGGACAAGAUCCUUGAGGAGAAUGGUGACUACCUUUGA